UUCCUGUGAUACACAGAGAGACUGGACUGCAAACCGUCAAAAUCCUUACCUCGCCCUUCCACUGGGAGCAGGGUCAGGUUGCAUUUCUUUCAGUUUUCCUCACUCCUCAUUUUCUUGAUGUGUCUAAAAGAAGAGGCGGAGAACAAAAGUCCUGUUUCAACACCUGGAAGAGAAAACAAAAUAACUUCACGUCUAUUCUGAAAAAAAAAAAAAUCUCUCCGUGCAAGAACUUUCUUCAGAGAUUUUACUUAAAUGACUCACAAAAUGAAGAAAGAACACAUGUUUUGGGCCUCUAUAUGUCUGCUACUCAGUCUUGCUCCUGGAACUCUGAAUGAAAAUCCUGAGGAGGAUGAAGAAUAUACCAGUGUCACAGGUCCCACCCUGCCACCACUCAAGAUGCUGAAUUCCUUCUGUGCGUUAAAGGCAGAUGAUGGGCCCUGCAAAGCCUUAAUGAGGAAAUUUUUCUUCAACAUUUUCACUCAGCAAUGUGAGGAGUUUAUAUAUGGGGGAUGUGAAGGAAAUCGGAAUCGAUUUGAUAGUCUGGAAGAGUGCAAAGAAAACUGUAUAGUGGAUUACCUAAAGGACACCAAAAAGAUUAAUUUGCAAGGGGGAAAACCAUUUUUCUGCUUUUUGGAAGAAGAUCCAGGUAUCUGCCGAGGUUUUAUUAACAGGUAUUUUUAUAACAAUCAAUCAAAGCUAUGUGAACGUUUCAAGUAUGGUGGAUGCCUAGGAAAUCGAAACAACUUUGAAUCGUUGGAAGAAUGCAAAAGCACCUGUGAAGAUGAACCAAAUGAUGUUCAAGUAGAAGUUUACAAAACUGAGCUCGAAACUGUCCAAAAUAACUCUUCAUCUCUUAAACCUACUAAAGUUCCCAAGCUUUGGGAAUAUCAUGGCCCAUCAUGGUGUCUCACACCAGCAGACAGAGGACUGUGCAAUGCCAGUGUAAACAGGUUCUACUUCAAUUCAGACACUGGGAAAUGCCAUCUCUUUAAGUACAGCGGAUGUGGGGGAAAUGAAAACAAUUUCACUACUAAAAGGGCAUGUAUAAGGACAUGUAAAAAAGGUUACCUGAAAAGAAUAGCAAAACAAGGACUAAUUAAAACCAAGAGAAAAAAGAAGAAUCAGCCAGUGAAAAUAUUGUAUGAAGAAAUCAUUGUUGAAAAAAUAUAAUUUUUAUAUAAUAUGAUGAAUUCUGCUAAAUAUUUUAUACGAGUGGUUCCACCAUGACAAUUCUGUCCUCUGAUAAAAUACUGUCAGUAAUAAGUUCAUAAAAUAAUAGUUUAGCCUAAUCAGACUUAUUAUUAAUUAGAAUUUCUUUUUUAUCUCAUCAAUGUACUCAUUCAAAAGCUGUGAUUUAUUAACUGGCUACUGUGAAUUUAUUCUUUUCCUUUCUAUUUUCUUUCUAUUUUCUAUUUAAAUAAAAGUUGUAUUGCUGGUUACAAUGAGUCAAUUAAUUUUUUUCCAAUUUGUGGAUCAUCUUUUUAGACUAUGUUUGCCUUAUUUCUAUGAUUAUAUCUAUGAUGUUAUCCUUGCUGGUUUAUUACCUGAUUAAGAAAUGAAGCUACUAAAUAAAUAACAAGCCAGUUUUAGUUUUCAUGAGUAAAAUUGCAACAAAUACAUGCUUCUGAUAAAAAUUGCUCAAUAGUGCCUUUAGAAAGAAUUAAUAAUGGAAUUGAUCACAUGCUUCUCUCCCUAAACAUGUUUUUCCUUCUUUUAUACUCAUUAGUACCUCAAUCAAUUCUGAACCAAACUGUCUUUGAGUAAAGAGCAAUCAAGUCUACAUCAUGAGCUUCCUGAUUUGGGAUGGUUUAGCUUUUUUAUUAUCAUAAAGUACAGCUGACUAAUCCUGUACUAAUGAUAAGUUGAAACUAUGAAAAAGUGAACUUUUACCUGUGUUCUGAAUUUUAUUCCUUGAAAAAAGUUUGCUUUUUCUAAAUAGCAAGAAUAUUUCUGGAACAUUCAGAGACUCUCUGAAGCCUUCAUUUAUCAUGAAGAUUUCACAUAGCAACUAGUAAUUUCUUCUCCAGAGGGGGAAUUAGCAACAUGAAAAAUUCUGCUAGAAAGUCUAGCCUUUCCCACUUAUUUUUCCAGUUUCUUUCUUUGAAGUUAAUUCCCUGUAUCACCCUGCAACUGAGCAUGUGUGCUGUGGUUACCCACCAACACUAUGGACAUUUCUGUGAUGUUCUCUAUGUUUCACAUAUAAACUUGACUUUUCAUCUAGAAAUUACAAACCACUUCAUCCAUUUGCCUUGGCUUUAUAGCUUCUCACACAUCCCUCAAAUUUUGAAAUUUGAACAUAAUUUUGAUUUUUCAUUUUUCCUCAAAUAUUAUCAAUUUCUAAUCAGUUUUCAAUUCAUUCUUUCUUUUCCACAAGGUUCAUGCAACUCUCAUGCUUUUGCUGUCUACAUAGCCCAUCAGUACUAAAAAGAUAGCUUCAGAAAUUUAGCAUAUUUUGUCAUAACUCAAAAUAGUCCCUGAACUCACUAGUUAGUUCUUUCCCCAAAAGUGUUUGCUUUCAUACCUACUUCAAUUCAGAGAAAUGUCUUUUCACUAAUAUGUAUUUUUAAUUCAUGCUGAAUUUCCAUUUAAAGACUUGAUUCCCUACUCAGGACCUACAUCUGAAAGCAGUCCAUCUGAUGCCAGCUUUAGCUUUACAAUCACAAUGUUCCAAGAUGGACUAUGCAAAGUCCUAAGAUGCAAGACAUUUUCAUUCAGACCUGCAAAACAUACACCAUUAUACUGUAUUAAUA